AUGAUGUCAAUCAACGCCCCAGACUUGGUCACCGUCGCUGGCCACCACACCCAGCGCCCCGCCAACAUGAGAGAAGUGGCAGAAAUCUGGAAGAACAUCCUGGUGAGGUUUUUCCCCAACAGAGAGUAUGCUCCGUUCCCUUUCCAAGACACCCAGUACUACAUCAAUCUCGACCUGAACACUCACGGCUACUCGGGCCUAGGCUCCGUCGUGCGCACCCAGGGCUUUAACGCGGGCGUGCACUUCCUCCAGGUCAAUUUCACGGCAGCUCCAGCGGACGGGUCCGCUUUCUCCUGGGAGGGAAACGAACACUUUCUGAAGCGGGAGCUGCGUUGUUCGCUGCAGAGUGUUCCUGAGGACCGGAAGCGCGUCAUUUACGGCCUGAUUGCGAUUGGAACUUAUGUGCGCUUCUACAAGUACAUGCCUGACGGUCGGUUUGCUCCUGUUACCUUUGUAGAUGGCAAGCAGACACUGCAUGUCCGCGGUGACCAGGCAGUCAUCCGCGAAUUCCUCGCCGGCGUCAAGGAAGGGUGGAUGUGA